UCACCUGUCCCACUCGGCCACUUCCUUUGCCUCUCGAUCUCUCAAUCUCCAUCUUUGUCCCACUCUCCCUCCCUGGCUUCGCCUCUCCGUCGCCUGUUCCUCUCGGCACUCAAUCUCUCAAUCUCCAUCUAUCGCUCAUGGCUCACCCACACACGACGUCGUUUAUUGCGUCAUUAGCUAUCUGUGCUCGUGACUUGUAUCCAGAAAGGCAGGAAUCUCGCUAAAUCUCAGUCUCAGUCAGCUGCGAUUCACAAGCAAAAGAGGAAAAUUUUGCAUCAGGGCUUUUAUCUAUGCAGUGUUAAACACAAUUGAAUCGGGUCAAGCCAAACCGGAUCAAUGAAGGCCGACCCAAGCCGUUUUGACGGCUUUGCACGCGCCGUUUAGCUUAGGUUUCUCCAGAGCAACGACGCCGCUUUUAAAGUAAACUCCUCCACGGAACCUCCCAUUGUGGUCUCUUCUGAUCUUUUGCAGAAUAUAUAGAAGGACAAUUGCUAUACCAAUUUGAAGUACGAGACUGCAGGAGUCGCCAUGGAGAAUGGAGAUAUUCCAGAGAAUGCCAACGAGCAUUGCCCAGGCCCUCAAUCUGAGUCUGCAGGAAAAUCCGACGCCUGCGAAGGAUGCCCCAAUCAACAAAUUUGUGCCACUGCUCCUAAAGGACCUGACCCAGAUCUUGUAUCCAUUGCAGAAAGAAUGGCUACUGUGAAGCAUAAGAUAUUGGUUCUAUCAGGCAAGGGAGGAGUUGGCAAGAGCACUUUCUCUGCCCAGCUGGCAUUUGCUUUAGCAGCAAUGGAUUUUCAGGUAGGUCUUCUUGACAUUGAUAUUUGUGGUCCAAGCAUUCCGAAGAUGCUAGGCCUAGAAGGGCAAGAGAUACAUCAGAGCAACCUUGGCUGGUCUCCUGUCUAUGUGGAGUCCAACUUGGGGGUCAUGUCAAUUGGGUUUAUGCUUCCUCACCCUGACGAAGCUGUCAUAUGGAGGGGUCCACGCAAAAAUGGGCUUAUCAAGCAGUUUCUUAAGGAUGUUUAUUGGGGGGAGCUUGAUUUUCUUGUUGUUGAUGCUCCUCCUGGUACCUCAGAUGAGCACAUUUCAAUUGUCCAGUGCCUUGAUGCCACUGCAAUAGAUGGUUCAAUCAUAGUUACCACACCUCAACAAGUCUCCUUGAUUGAUGUGAGGAAGGAGGUGAGUUUUUGCAAGAAAGUUGGGGUGAAGGUUCUUGGGGUUGUCGAGAACAUGAGUGGUCUUUGCCAACCUAUCACCGAUUUCAAGUUUAUGAAGAUGACAGACGCAGGCGAGCAGAGAGAUGUCACAGGGUGGGUUUGGGAGUAUUUGAGAGAGAGAGCACCAGAAAUGCUAAAUUUGAUUGCUUGCAGUGAAGUGUUUGACAGUAGUGGUGGGGGAGCAACAAAGAUGUGCAAUGAAAUGGGGGUGCCUUUUCUUGGUAAGGUUCCAUUGGAUCCGGAGCUUUGUAAGGUAGCUGAAGAAGGCAGAUCUUGCUUUGCUGAUAAAAAUUGCAGCGUGAGCGCUCCAGCAUUGAAGAAGAUUAUCGAGAAAUUGAUGGAAAAUCAGGGCCUAUCAACGUCUACUAACAGUGUUGCAUAGGGGAUUUGCUUUGACAGGUGAUGCAUAUAAAAGUACUUAAUUUAAUCCAAUGGAUUUGCAUGCCCUUGUAUUUGAUAUGAUGGCGAGGAACUUUCGAAUAUGAGGUUUUUAGCUGUUCGAUUACAGGACUAGGUUACUCAAUACGGAUAAUGUGAGAUUUCUCCUGUUGAUACUAGCUUGCCAGUUUUUAUGGCCCGUUUGGUUCAUGGAUAUGAUUGUAAUGUAAUAGUAGGGAAUGCAAUGUUGAUUGCAUUGAGUUUGUUUGGUAUGUUUCUGUGGAUCUUAAAUGAAUAUAAUUAAUUUUUUGUA